AUGCAUGUGAGGUUCAUACCGCGCAACCCACCGAAGCAGCCACCGUUUCGUAAUGUACUCCAAGGAGAGGGAACAGCUGACAAGAUUUUGUCUGAACCCGGGAGAGAUAUUUUCAAAGCGUUGAGUGUAUCAGUCCCAGAAAGCCAAUCAAAAAACGGAUUGAAUCCGGAGACAUGUGCUGAGGCAAGUCGCGCAUUGCAAUCUCUGCAAAAAAUGCACAUUCAUCGACGUCGGGAUCAACUUCGCCCAAUCUUAGCCCGAGAAGAGGCAUGUUUGAAUGAGGAGUUGCGCAAGCGGUUUGGAGCAGUCACAAAUUAUGCGUCAUAUUAA